AUGAAGACAGUUUUUAUUUCUGGUGCGAAUGGGUAUAUUGCCCAGCAUAUCAUUAAACAAUUACUCAAAGACAAUAAAUAUCGUGUAAUUGGGUCUGUUCGUUCAGAGGACAAAGCUGACAGAAUUGGCCAACAAUUCAAGAGCCCUAAUCUAACACUCGAGGUGGUACCUGACAUAUCAAAGCUCAAUGCAUUCGAUAAUUUAUUUCAAAAACAUGGCAAAGAUAUCAAAGUAGUCUUGCAUACGUCUUCGCCUGUUUCAUAUAGUACUGAUGACUAUGAGAAAGACGUACUCCUGCCCGCGAUAAACGGGACGAGGUCAGUUUUAGAGGCGAUAAAAAAGUACUGCCCGCAAACAGUCGAGAAAGUUGUAAUAACGUCUUCCUAUGCCGCUGUAGCUGGUUCAAAGCAGGAGUAUCAAAGAGGAACUGUGAUCACGGAAGACACCUGGAACCCGGUUACAUGGGAAGAAGCGAUCAGCGGGGCAGAGGCCUAUUCAGGUUCCAAAACAUUUGCCGAAAAGGCGGCUUGGGAUUUCUGGAACGCAAAUCGGGAUCAGGUCAAAUUUGAAAUGACAGUCAUCAAUCCUGUGUUUGUUUUUGGGCCCCAAGCUUUUGACCAAAAUGUUGGAAAAAAGCUGAAUGCUUCUUGCGAAAUCAUCAACAGGUACCUUAAUACCACUCCUGAAACUGAAGUCGAUCAGAAAAAGGCCGGGUCUUUUAUUGACGUCCGGGACUUGGCUCGGGCACACCUUGCUGCUUUUGAAAAUGCAGAGUUGGCUGGACAGCGAUUGAUCGUAGCGGCUGCCAGAUUUUCUUUUCAAGAUAUAGUUGAUGUUUUAAAUGAAGAUUUCCCUCAGCUGAAGGGCAAGAUUGCGAUAGGUAAGCCAGGUGCAGGAAAGCGAAGAUUGAAAGAAAUUUCUGUGCUCGACAAUUCGAAAACUAAGAAGCUAUUAGGAAUUGACUUCAUGCCAUUUUCCAAGUCGAUUGAUGAUACGGUAGACCAAAUUUUGAAAGCGAGGGGUCAAUGA